UACACUUACAACAAUAUGAAUAAGUUGUGUCAAUUUUGUCCACUUUUGGACAGAGUGCAGGUCAAAAUCAAAUAUAGUGGACAAAAUUACACCCCUGAAGGUGAACUAUACACAUCUGAAAAAUAUGGAAACGAUAAGUCUGGAGAUGGUUCAGAGUCAAAACCAUUCAAAACUAUAUUGCAGGCAAUGAAACAUGCUGGCAAAGAACCUUUUCCCAUGAUUUAUGUAGACUCUAAAACUGAUGGCGAAAAAUUUGAACCAGCUCCCAAAACUCAAUUGAAGAAAAAUCAGAAGUUUUGGAUCAGAGAACAUCAUAAAAAUGCUGAAAAAGCUAAAAAAGAAGAAGAAGAUGCUGCCAAGAGAUAUAAAAAUUUAGAAGAUGCCAAGAAGUUAACUAUAUCUGAAGAUCCAACUCUCAAAGCUGCAGUUUUAAUUAAAAUCAAAAAUGCUACCAAAUAUCGCAAUACAAGAGUUAAAAUUUAUGGUUGGGUACAUAGACUUAGGAGACAAGGAAAGUCUUUAAUGUUUAUAACAUUAAGAGAUGGCUCUGGAUUUUUACAAACAGUUCUUAAUGAUAAAUUAUGUCAAACAUAUAAUGCUCUAAUGUUGUCAACUGAAUCAUCUGUAAUUCUUUUUGGGGUUUUAAAAGAAGUUCCUGAAGGCAAAUCUGCACCAGGAGGACAUGAGCUUCAAGUGGAUUAUUGGGAAUUAGUCAACCUAGCACCACCAGGUGGUGCUGAUUCUAUUUUGAAUGAAGAUGCAAACCCAGAUGUGUUGUUGGACAAUAGGCAUAUUGCAAUUCGUGGAGAAAAUACAUCCAAAAUUUUACUCAUGAGAUCUGUGAUUACUCAAGCAUUUCGUAUGCAUAAUUUAGACAGAGGGUAUGUUGAAGUAAUGCCACCUACAUUAGUACAGACUCAAGUGGAGGGUGGGUCUACAUUGUUUAAACUUGAUUACUUUGGACAAGAAGCUUAUUUGACACAAAGUUCUCAGCUUUAUUUAGAAACAUGUUUGCCAGCUCUCGGUGAUGUAUUUUGUAUGGCUCAAAGCUAUCGUGCUGAACAGAGUCGUACAAGAAGACAUUUAUCUGAGUAUACUCACGUAGAAGCUGAAUUUUCAUUUAUUACUUUUAACGAUUUACUAGAUCGAAUAGAAGACAUGAUUUGUGAUGUAGUAAAACGUGUAUUAGAAUCACCACAUGCUGAUAUUGUGAAACAAUUGAAUCCAAAAUUUAUUGUACCAUCAAAGCCAUUUAGAAGAAUGAAUUAUGAUUCAGCAAUUCAAUUUUUACGUGAAAACAAUAUAACUAAAGAAGAUAAUACAUUUUAUGAAUUUGGAGAGGAUAUUCCUGAAAUGGCUGAACGAAAAAUGACUGACUUGAUUAAUGAACCUAUUAUGUUGUGCCGUUUUCCCGCUGAAAUUAAAUCAUUCUAUAUGUCUCGUUGUCCUGAAAAUAACGCUCUUACUGAAUCUGUGGAUGUCUUAUUACCGGGUGUUGGUGAAAUCGUUGGUGGUUCUAUGCGUAUUUGGGAUCAUGAUGAAUUAUUGGCUGGAUAUAAAAGUGUUGGAAUUGAUCCAAAACCAUAUUACUGGUAUACUGAUCAGAGAAAAUUUGGAUCGUGCCCCCAUGGUGGAUAUGGUUUAGGAUUGGAAAGAUUCAUGUGCUGGUUAUUGAAUAGAUAUCACAUCCGUGAAGUUUGUUUGUACCCAAGGUUUUUAGACAGAUGUACUCCAUAAGUCUCAAAAUAUUUAUAUUUGCAUAUUAAUAUUGUAAUAUUAAAUUUAAUUAAUAAUAAAGCGUUUUUUUUUUUUUCA